AAUCUAUCAUGAGCUAAUGUGUUUUGCCCAUUCCUUUCCUUUGUACUAUCUCCGAGGCUCUCUCGCGCGCACGGGUACACGCAGACACACACACACACACACACACACACACACACACACACACACACACACAAACACUCGCGCUCUCUUCUUGCACUUCUGCCACCGAUCUCUGCUGGUUGACUGGGCCUGAGUCAGUCGGCAAGAGAAAGAAAGACAAACGGGCAGACAGACCAACGAAGACAGACAGAGGAACAAAGCCGAGACCACGAUGGGAAAUACACCAUCUCAAGGCAUGUCAAUGUUCAUCCAUUCUUAAGUAGCAGGGCUUGGUGGAGCUUCGGCUUCUCCUUCUGACCCAGGAGAAGGACGAUCUGCCUCCUGGUGGUCUGAGCCUGGAGCUGCGCCGUGUGGAGCCUGUGGCACAUCUGUCCCUGAGCCGUGCAAAGCCUGUGGCAUGUCCAGUUCUUCUUCGUCUUCUGACGAGGAGUCUUCCAGAAGAGAUAUCAUACUGGCCCCUAUUCCCAGAUGUAUGAGGGGCUUGUUGCAGAUACUCAGUGGCGUCGGGCGAAUUGCAGGAGGGAAGAAACCUGGACUCUGUUCCCUUUGUUUAAAGUCACCAGAUCCUGAGAGGACUAGCGCCCACAUGAUCUCAGCAGAUGAUGCAGAAUAUCCACGGGAAUACCGCACCCUGGGCAACGGCACACGACGCUUCUCCAACGUAGGGUUGGUGCACACCUCAGAACGUCGUCAUACUGUCAUUGCUGCCCAGAGUCUAGAAGCCCUCACAGGGCUCCAGAAGUCUGAGAUGGAACGCAAGAGGGAUGCAUUCAUGGACCACUUAAAGAAUAAAUACCCACAGCAUGCCUUAGCAAUUCGAGGACAACAGGACAGGAUCCGGGAUCAGCAACCCAACUACUGGAGCUUUAAGACCCGAAGCUCUCGGCAUUCACAGGGAUCUCAGCCUGGCCUGGCUGAUCAAGCCAAGCUUUCCUUUGCUUCAGCAGAAUCUCUGGAAACCAUGUCUGAAGCUGAACUGCCCAUUGGGUUCAACAGAAUGAAUCGCUUUAGGCAAAGCCUGCCAUUGUCUCGUUCCACCAGCCAAACAAAACUUCGGUCACCAGGCAUCCUUUUCCUGCAGUUUGGGGAUGAGACAAGAAGGGUUCAUAUCACACAUGAAAUCAGCAGCAUGGAUACUCUGCAUGCCCUCAUUGUCCACAUGUUCCCUCAGAAGUUGACAAUGGGAAUGCUCAAGUCCCCAAACACUGCCAUUCUGAUUAAAGACGAAUCCCGCAAUGUUUUCUAUGAAUUGGAGGAUGUCAGGGAUAUUCAGGACAGAAGUAUUAUCAAAAUCUACCGGAAAGAGCCACUUUAUGCCUCAUUCCCUGGAUCCCACAUCACCAAUGGUGACCUUCGGAGAGAGGUGGUCUAUACUUCCAGAGAAUCCUCUCCCACCCGGCGCCUAAACAGUAUGUCUCCAGCUUCCCACCUUACUUCUGGCUCUCCUCCUCCAGUGCUCCAGUCAUCCUCGCCUUCCCGUUCCCGUAUGUCUUACAGUGGUGGGCGCCCACCCUCCUAUGCUGGCAGUCCUGUGCAUCACGGAGAGCGCCUCUCCAACCUCCCUCCAGCUCAGGGAGUCUCACCAAGUCCAAGUGCUAUCUUGGAGCGCCGGGAUGUCAAACCGGAUGAAGACCUGGUGGGAAAAAAUAUGGUUCUGGUGAAGAAUGAAGGCCUGUAUGCUGAUCCAUAUAGUAUGGUGCAUGAAGGACGUUUGAGCAUUACAUCUACUCAGUCACUGGCUGGGAUGGGGGAUCCAUUUGCUUAUCCUGGAGGGCUUUAUAAGCGGGGCUCGGUGCGUUCUCUUAGCACCUAUUCAGCUGCUGCCCUACAAUCAGAACUGGAAGAUAGUUUAUAUAAGCCCAAUGCACAGAUAUACAGUGAUACUUACGGCCCAGGAAUGGGCUUCCGUUUGCCACCAUCAUCUCCCCAGAAAAUAGCUGAUGGCCGACUGGUGGAUGUUCAGCAGAGCCAAAGUCCUCACAGCCCUUAUUCAGGGCCUCCAAGUCGAUCCUCACCAGUACGGCAGACUUUCCGCAAGGACUCUUGUUCCUCAGUGUUCAUGGAAAGCCCUGUCAAUAAACCACGGAAUCUCAGUUCUUCAGGUGCUCCAGAACUAUUCCCUGGACCUGGGGAACGACCUCAUUCUGGAUUCAGUUCACCUGUGCCUGCCAAGGAUACUGAAACAAGGGAGCGCAUGGAAGCGAUGGAAAAACAGAUUGCCAGCCUCACAGGAUUGGUACAGAGUGCAUUAAUGAGAAGCUCAGAUGGAGAGACCCCCAGUGAGAAAACUGAAGGGACCAAUGGAGGAACACCUCCAUCAGCACACCCAAGCAAGAGCAAUGUAGGGACUCCAGUUCCCGGACCUCCACCCCCAUCCACUACUAGUACGCCAGCUGGGCAGCCCACUGCUAUCACUCGUCUGCACAUGCAGCUACAUCUCCAUGACUUACAGCAGAAUGCUAGUGAACUCCGCAACCAGCUGCACCAACUCAAGAAGCUGCAGCUUCAAAAUCAAGAAACAGUGAAGACCAUGUUGCGACGGACAGAGACUGAAAUCAGUGUGCGGGUGACCGACACCAUGCGCAAACAGGAAGAUCCCUUACAACGGCAGCGCACUCUGGUUGAAGAGGAACGCCUCCGCUACCUCAACGAGGAAGAACUCAUAACUCAGCAGCUUAAUGACUUGGAAAAAUCGGUAGAGAAGAUCCAGAAGGAUUUGAUGCAUAAUCACAGAUUCAUUUCCAUACAAGAGCUGGAGGAGAAAUCCCUGGUGCUCAAACAGUUGGGAGAUACCUUGACAGAACUGAAGGCUAAUUUUCCCAGCCUGCAGAGCAAAAUGCGUGUAGUUCUCCGUGUAGAGGUAGAGGCUGUGAAGUUCCUCAAAGAAGAGCCACAUCGCCUGGAUGGCUUAUUCAAGCGGUGCAAGGCAGUGACUGACACCCUGACAGAAGUCCGCAAGCAAGUAGAUGAAGGUGUCUGGGAUUCCUCCAAUAACCUUCUCAGCCAAUCUCCAAAGAAGGUAGAGCUGGAAAGUGACUUCAGCAGAAGCCUGGAUUUUGAGCUUCCCACCAGCCCUCCGACAAACCUCCAUGACCUAACUUCCUCCACUGACAGCCUAGGCACAAUCAGUUUUGGACAAAGCCAAGGGCAGAGCCACACAUCCAAAAGUAGCAAUCCAUCCCGGGGUUCAGAGAUGAUUACUGCCAAGCCCCAAACAGGCUCUGAGACUCCCAGCAAAAAAAGUAUGGACAGAUCAGUGUCUGUGGAGGCUGCAGAACGAGACUGGGAGGAAAAACGUGCAGCCUUGACCCAAUACAGUGCUAAAGAUAUUAACCGGCUUCUGGAAGAGACCCAAGCUGAGCUGAUGAAAGCCAUCCCUGAUUUGGAGUUUGCGGCCAAGCACAAGCAGUCUUCCAGCUGUGGUGGCAGUGGAAGUGUUGCCUCCACCCCAGAGCAGAAGCCUACCAAACCCCAGCAUGCACAAAAGACCACAACCAAAAUGGACCCCAAUGGUCGCCGGGGAUCAGAUGAGCUGACGGUGCCCAGAUAUCGUACAGAGAAGCCCUCCAAAUCUCCCCCUCCUCCCCCACCCCGGCGAAGCUUCCCAUCUUCUCAUGGGCUUACAACCACCCGCACAGGAGAGGUGAUCAUCACCAGCAAAAAAGAAUCCAGUUUCAUGAAGAAAGCUGAAUCAGAAGAGCUGGAAACCCAAAAGCCUCAAGUGAAACUGAGAAGAACUGUAUCUGAAGUUGCCAGGCCUGCUUCAACACCCCCCAUCAUUGCUUCUGCCAUCAAAGAUGAUGAUGAGGAAGAUAGGAUCAUUGCUGAACUUGAGGUAUUUCAGAGAAGCUCUUCAUUUAUUCCUAAGUUUCGUUGCGACCAACCUGUGCCAGCCACAGACAUGUGGCCCAAUGGGGCCACCAUAACCACCAAAGGAUGGAAGAGUGGUGGCGGUGUCUCGAUUCCAGCCAUGAAGAUGGUCAAUCCAGCAUCACGGCUAAAGCAAACCCAGCAAGGCAGCCCAGACAAAAGCAAACACAUAAAGCAACGCAUGGAAUACAUGCGCAUCCAGGGACAACAGCAGUGUACCCAGUGGCUUGCCAACUUUCUGAGGCCACAAAGCAAGGCCGCUAGAUCAACCAAGGACUCUGGCAUGGGGAAUGAGACUUCCAGCCCAGUCUCAGAGAAACCUACUUCGGGCAGGACCUCCAUCCCGGUUCUGACUUCCUUUGGGUCACGGAACUCCUCCAUUUCAUUCUAGAAGCUCCUUUGCCAAAUUCUCCGUUGAUUUGGAGCUUACCAGAAGAUGAGGGUUUAUCUUUUAUGAUGUACAGCCCACUUUCUGUUUUCUAAGCUCUUAGAUGGAGAGAUACGAGCACAUUAUGUCAUGCCCUCAUUUUUGUAACAUCCAUGCUGCUCUGUCGAGAGCUCAAGAAAAGGAAGAUAGACUGCCAUAUAAGCAGAAGAUGAAGAACAAGUAAAAAAAAAAGAGGACCAAAAGUGGAAAAAGGAGAAAGGCAUCAUUGCACACUAAUUUACUCCUCCAAAUUUAUUCCAGAUUAGAUCUUUAAAAAAUUUUCACAUCUAAAUUCUGUCUAUUUUGAUUAAUAGUAAAAUUGACUUGCUGUUACUAUUAACAAUUUUCUACAUUUUAUUGUUGCAAAAUAAUCUUGAAACUUAAUUGAUGUUUGAUAAACCCUCUGAAGCUACAAGAAGAGAGUUCCCAUAUGAUUAUGUACAGUUUCAGUGCCUGAUAUAAUUCACUAAUGCUUCAUAUGCGUGCAGGAAAAAUAUCAACUGUGUAAUAUGUGGAAGCUGCAUAAUUUAAAAUAGUAGGGAUCUCAUAGUGUGUUUAUUUUAAUGUAUUACAGUGGAGUGUGAAGAGAACUUUCUUUUGUUAAACUUCUGCUUAUGGAUAAUUGGUAAUUGAUGCAAAUAAAUCACAUCUAAUAGCAUACUUUCAACACUAUUAAUCCAUAGUGUGUUUUACUAGCUAGAGCUAAUGCUUUAAAUAAGUAAGCAAACUUGUUUUUUGAAUAAGGCAGUUUAUUUCCAAUAUAUAUAUAAUUGUAAUUUUGGGGCUAUAUUUAAAGCAGAAUUGUUUUGUUUGACCAUAUAUAUUAUACAACAUAAAGAUGAAAAGAGGGACAAACCAUGCAA